AUGAGGCUGGUCUUCCUGCCCGUCAUGGUCGUAACGCUCCCACUACCGCGCAACAUCACCCAAUACUGGCCGGAAAAUGCAGCCGAGGCUCUGCAGUCUUUUGCCUUUUGGAGCUUUGCCAUACUGCUGACUGUGCCGUGGCUGUUCUGCAUCUACCAACUCGUCACGAACCAACUCGGCCGGACGAAGCGAAUAAAACUGGUACUGGACGAUGUGACGGCGCCCAAGGUGGUGAUCGUCAUGCCUUGUUACCGAGAAGAGCCAGACGUGCUCGUCACUGCAAUCAACUCGGUGGUAGACUGCGACUAUCCAGCGGCGUGCAUCCACGUAUUCCUUUCAUUCGAUGGUGACCAGCAAGACGAGCUCUACUUGAAUACGAUUUCAAAACUUGGUGUCCCGGAGACAUUAGGCUCCUAUCCCCGCAGCAUCGAUGUCAUGUACAAAUCGUCAAGGGUGACGGUCUCCCGAUUUCCUCAUGGCGGAAAGCGACACUGCCAAAAGAUGACUUUCCGAUUGAUUGACAAGGUCUAUGAGCGCUACUUGAAGCGCAACGACAACUUGUUUAUUCUUUUUAUUGACUCAGAUUGCAUCUUGGAUCGGGUGUGUCUGCAGAAUUUUGUCUAUGACAUGGAGCUCAGUCCGGGUAACACAAAGGACAUGCUGGCGAUGACUGGUGUCAUCACUUCAACAACAAAGAAGCACAGCAUCAUCACGCUCUUGCAGGACAUUGAGUACAUACAUGGCCAACUGUUUGAGCGGACAGUAGAGUCCGGAUGUGGCUCUGUGACGUGUCUUCCAGGUGCCUUGACAAUGCUUCGGUUGUCGGCGUUUCGACGCAUGGCAAAGUACUACUUUGCGGACAAGGCGGAACAGUGCGAGGACUUGUUCGACUUUGCCAAGUGUCAUCUAGGCGAAGACAGAUGGCUUACGCAUCUGUUCAUGAUCGGAGCCAAGAAGAAGUACCAGAUUCAAAUGUGUACCUCUGCAUUUUGUAAAACAGAAGCCGUUCAGACAUAUCGAUCACUCGUUAAGCAGCGACGUCGAUGGUUCCUGGGCUUUAUGACGAAUGAGGUGUGCAUGUUGACAGACUGGAGAUUGUGGAAGCGGUAUCCUAUUCUGGUGCUGGUUCGAUUUAUGCAGAAUACGAUCCGGACGACGUCGCUUCUAUUCUUCAUCAUGGUGAUUGCGCUGAUGUCUACAGUGGCCACGGUUCGCGACCUUCCGGUGGGCUUCAUCGGGGUGUCGCUGGGACUGAACUGGGCCCUGAUGCUCUACUUUGGGCUCAAACUUCGGCGCUUCAAGGCUUGGUUGUACCCACUCAUGUUCAUUCUGAACCCAUUCUUCAACUGGUAUUACAUUGUGUAUGGGAUUUUUACUGCUGGACAGAGGACUUGGGGUGGGCCGAGGGCCGAUGCGGCUGCGGCAGACACAACUACCACGGCACGAGAAGCAGCGGAAAAGGCGGAGGAGCAGGGAGAUGAGCUGAAUGUCGUUCCAGAGACAUUCAUUCCGGCUCGAGAGGCGAGAUUGCUGCAGUCUCCAGGGGCAUCGGCAGGGCAACAGCCAGGACUGGGAAGGACAAGGAGCACGGUUCGACCGCCGGACAAGGUGGAUGGCAUCUUCUCGGCCAGGCAGCGGACAAAAGAAGGUACUUAUGAGCACGUCGACGAUUCCAUGGCAGCUGUAGGGGGGUCGGUGCUGCCUCAAUGGGCAAGGCAUAGGGCUCAAGACUCUAUAGAAAGCGUCUCGACCGAUGGCGAGCCGACGCAGGGAGGCAACAAUGUCCUGCAGAGCCGGUUUAUGGAGAGUUUUAUGAGUGCGGAAGACAAGAGAAAAUACAUGGCAGCGCAGCGUGCCAAGGAGGUGAGGCUUGGCCAUGAGGGAGGCGAGCGUAGCGAAGGGAGUGGCAGUGGCAGUGGUCUAGGAAAGGGAGGGAAUGAUGGUAAUGGCAGUGGUGCUGGAACGUCAAAGUAA